AGGGAAGCGGCUUCGGUUGGACGGACUCGCUGUCCCUUACCUCCCGCUCUUUCAUCUCCCUCCCUCGCUCUCCAAAUCGUUAUACCCUGGCUUUCCGCUCCCUCCCUUCCACUGGAUUGCAAUCCGAUCCUUCGACGACGUGAAUUAAUAGGCAUAAAAAUCGCUUCUUGGGAGGGAAGUCCGCGAAUUCGCUGGAUCAUUGUCGAUUUUGAUUUUGAUUUUUGAUUCUUGUUGUUCUGUGGCUGCCAUCUCUGUUGGGGCUCCAAUUUUCGCCUCCUCUUGAUUGCUUCUGGAGAUUUUUGGGGCCAAAGGUCGAAGCUUUGUACGAUUCGAGAACCACUGGGAGGGGAUUGGGGCCAAAGGUCGACAGCCUUCUUCGUCCGAAGGGGGAGAAGCCUGUAAGGGGUUCGAUGGGGAGGGUGAAACUGAAGAUAAAGAGACUGGAGAACAGCAGCAGCCGGCAGGUUACCUACUCGAAGAGGAAAGCGGGGGUGAUGAAGAAAGCGAAGGAGCUAUCGAUCUUGUGCGACAUUGACCUUGUCCUCCUCAUGUUCGCGCCUAAUGGGAAGCCCACAGUAUGUGUUGGAGAUCGCAGCAACAUUGAGGAAGUUGUUGCUAGGUUUUCUCAAGUAUCCCAACAAGAAAGGGCAAAAAGAAAGUUGGAGAGCCUUGAAGCUCUCAAGAAGACAUUCAAGAAGUUGGACCAUGAUGUUAAUAUUCAAGAAUUCCUUGGUCCAAGCACCCAGACAGUUGAGGAGCUGGCUAGUUACCUAGGUUCAUUGCAUGGUCAACUAUUAGAUGUACAAAAAAGACUAAGUUAUUGGGCUGACCCAGAUGAAAUUAGUGACAUAGACCAUAUUAGGGCUAUGGAACAAUCUCUCAAGGAAUCUCUCAGCAGAAUCCAGGCACAUAAGGAGAACUUUGGAAGGCAACUUAUUUCUGUGGACUGUUGUGGCCAGUUCCAGAAUGACAUACAUCUACACUCGGGAUUUAACUAUGAGCAAGGAGCCUCACCAGUAUCAUGGCUUCAUAACAAUGAUGGCCAGCAAUUGAUGCUUCCACAAGAUUCUAAUUUGCUAUCUCAGAGAGAUAUUGGAUGCUCGGCAGACACACCUCUUCAAAAUUGUAAUGCUUACUUCAGCACGGGUGAACAGACAGAUGCCAAUGAGCAAGUACAAGAGGGAUCCUUGCAUGAAUAUAGCCCAAAUGCAUGUUUAAGGCUACAGCUAGGAGGACAGUAUCCUUACCAGUCCUACUGUCAGAAUUUGGUCAGUGAAAGAACAUUCAAACCUGAUGCAGAAAAUAGUUUACAGGAAAGCACUAUAGAUUACCAAGUGAAUCACUUUGAUGCUAGCUUCCAGAAUUGGGCUUCCACAUCUGCAACAUGUGGUGUUUCAAUGUAUGACGAGCAGUCAUACACCCAACAACAUGACUAGACCAAAGUGCUGGAUCAUUAACCCACACCUGUUGUUGGAGGAGAGCAUUCCUGGACUCCCAUCCUUCGAUCUGUCUUCCUCAAUGAAGUGGCAGAUGGCAGGAGUCUUCAUUAUGUUAAUCCCCUUCACGUGAUGCUCUCCACAGUCAAUCGACAAUGCAAGAUCGAAUUGUAUAUUGUGGUUGUUGUGUAUGCCUGUUACAAGAAAAAUAUCCUCCUUGUAGUUCAUAUUCCAUAGUUGUCGUUGAUGAUCCUCGGGCUGGACAGCUAUUCAAGUAUGUUUAGGUUGUUGGUAGAUGAGGAGGUCUUCUUCCUCUUGUAAAUUUUCCUUUGUAAACACUGUACAUUCACUCAGACUGCCUCUUCUUCUCCAGGUGUAACUAUAAACUGUAAAUGAGGAUCAACUUUACUCGAAAGCUGCUGUUAUGAACCAAGUUACCUUGUAAAUAAUGUAUUCUUGGGUGGAUCCCUUUGGA